ACCUGUCACGGUGAUGAUAUCUAAUCAGAGCCCGGUUUCUUCUUAUGUUAGGGCAGGCAUUGUCUAGACGCAUACAUAAAUCUCGCACCGUGAGUGACGCCUCUAGGCAUACCCACCGAUCACAGCAAUAACAAUUUCGCACAAUUUGUCGUCCGUCGUCGCGAUGGCUUCGCCGAGAGAAGGCGACAAUCCCAGCCAUCUGGCGAACGAGCAGCCAGUCGCUGACGUGGCACCCGCAGGAGAGCAUUCUGGAGGGGAUGCAGAAGCUUCCGCUGCCGCAAGCAAGGAUACGAGCGGUAAGGCCGCUGGGAAAGGCAAGGCGGGUGUGCGGGGUCGGCGGGAUCAGGGGAAGAUCAGCGGAGAAGCGGGUGGCGGAGACGGGGAAGGCGGAACGGCGCAGAUCGCGGCGGAAUGUGAAGAGCUGCCGCGGGCCGUGGUGCGGCGAAUCGUGAAAGCGAAAGUGCAGGAGCUGAUGCAGGAAGGGGGAGCGCUUUGGGGAGUAGCGGGCGCAGGGGGAGAGGGGUCUGGGCGGAAGAAGGAGGUGCAGGUGGCGAAAGAUGCGCUGGUCGCGCUGACAGAGAGCGCUAGGGUUUUCAUCCACUACCUGACUUCCACAGCCAACGAUUGGUGCCGCAGCAACAAGCGGCAGACAGUGAGUGCAGCCGAUGUGCUGGCCAGCAUUGAAGACAUCCAGUUCCCGGAAUUCCUGCCAGCUCUGCAAUCCACGCUGCAAGCUUUGAGGGACGAGAAGAGUGUGAAGCGAAAAGGGAAGCUGGAGAAGCGAGAAGCAGCUGCUGCUGUGGCUGGGGGGACCCCAGCAGAAGCAGCUGGGACACCAGCAGCCAAGAAAAGAAAAGCUGAGAAGGAUGCAGGAGCUGUUGAUGAAGUUGAAUGAGAAGGUUGUAUCGAUAAUGCAUGUAUGCUGCCUGUGAAAACCUGCUGUCGGUGUGGAAUUUGGCAAUAAUUGAGCAUUUGUGGGGACAAGCUU